AUGCGUUCCUCGGUGGUUGCCCGCGGUGUCGGGUCCCUGCUAUCCACUGCAUCCCGAACCACGACGACUGCCCCAAGACUUGCUCGCCAAGCUUUCCCACCAUUCGGCCAAGCUCGUGCCGGCGCUACCCUUGUGGACACCCCAACACCGGCCCAUGGGCCACCGGAGGCUGUAAAGAAGCCAGCCAGACAAGCAAAUGCGAACCAGGUCUUGAAAGAUGCAGUGUCGGCUACAGCUGCCCGACAGGACUGGACAAGAGAGGAGAUCGCGGCAAUCUAUUAUCAGCCACUGUUGGAAUUGGCGCACCAGGCUAGCUUGGUCCACCGCCGAUUUCACAGUCCCGGAGAAGUGCAACUCUGCACCCUCAUGAACAUCAAAACUGGCGGCUGCACCGAAGACUGCUCUUACUGCGCCCAGGCGACUCGGUACCAAAAAGGCACCGGUCUCGAAGCCAAGCGCGUUGAGAGCGUAGAGUCUGUCCUCGCUGCCGCCAGGACGGCCAAGGAAAACGGCAGCACGCGCUUCUGCAUGGGUGCUGCGUGGCGGGACAUGCGCGGCCGCAAAAACAGCUUGCGAAACAUUACCGAGAUGGUCAAGGGCGUCAGAGCCAUGGGUAUGGAGGUGUGCGUCACUCUGGGCAUGAUUGACAAUGAGCAAGCGAAGCAGCUCAAAGAGGCCGGGCUGACAGCGUACAACCACAACGUCGACACGAGCCGAGAGUUCUAUCCCAACGUCAUCACGACAAGGUCCUACGACGAGCGUCUCCGGACGCUCAGCAACGUCCGCGAUGCCGGAAUCAACGUGUGCUCCGGCGGUAUCCUGGGUCUGGGGGAGUCAUCCGAGGAUCGUGUCGGCCUGCUCCACACCGUUUCGACGCUGCCUUGCCACCCGGAGAGCUUCCCGGUCAACGCAUUGGUGCCCAUCAAGGGCACGCCGUUGGGGGACACGACCCCCGUCGCCUUCACCAGCAUGCUGAGAACCAUUGCCACGGCGAGAAUCAUCAUGCCCGCGACCAUAAUACGAAUUGCGGCUGGAAGAAAGACCAUGUCGGAGGAGAAGCAGGCCUUGUGCUUCAUGGCUGGUGCCAACGCGAUUUUCACUGGCGACAAGAUGCUGACGACGGACUGCAAUGGCUGGGACGAGGAUAGCGCCAUGUUUGGAAGAUGGGGCCUGUCGCCGAUGAAGAGCUUUAACAAAACGGCUGCCGAGGGGGCUGGUCAGGUUGAUGCCGCGAGCGCGUAA